AUAACUUAAAUGUUUAUGGAGAAGGUUGCUUGAAAUUUGAUGACAUAUCGUGGAUAGAUUAGGUUAAAACUGUUUACCUUUAAAAUAUCUACGAAGAACCCGAUCUAUAUUACUUACAAAGAUGAGCAGAAAGGAAGCGUUAUCUCAAUUUAUACAACAAAUUCACGGACGGCCUGUUGUUGUAAAAUUAAACAGUGGUGUUGACUAUAGAGGUGUAUUAGCUUGUAUAGAUGGUUAUAUGAACAUAGCACUGGAACAAACAGAAGAAUAUGUGAAUGGACAAUUGAAAGACAAGUAUGGUGAUGCCUUUAUAAGAGGGAACAAUGUGUUAUAUAUUAGUACACAAAAACGUAGAAACUAAUCAUGAGGUAAUUUUAAAAUAACAUUAAAUAUAAAAUAAGUGCGUAAAAAGUACUAUAAAUGAACAAAAAAAUGAAUAAAAAUU